AAAUAAAAAAAAAUUAAAGUUCAAACACGUGUAUUCAAAAAGAGCUUACAUUACUAUGGGCCUGCCGAAGUGGCCGCAAUUGACGCAGCUUCCCACACAGUUGUAAUUACAGGCGUUGUAACAGCUCACAUUGCAUUACACUGCCUUCACUUAUAUAUCGCAAAUAUUUUUUACAACUUCGGUUAUGAGUAUGGAAUGUAUAGUAUGUCCUGGUUAUAAAUUGUAAUAGUAUCAACUGUAAGCGUGGCAGUGUUUUGGUUCAAGGUCACAAUUAAAGAGAAACUUAAAACAGUUUAAGAUAAGCGCAUGCUCGAAUUCUCGCUCGCAGAGCCACAUACGCAAAAUGGCGACUCCUGAGCGUAAACCGUUUUGUGUUCUGCAAUUUGCUAAGAGUGUGACUGUAAUUUUCAAUUCAACGUGCGUUUCGUCUAGAGUUUAAUGGACGACUUGGGGUAUCCUCCCUCUGACGUCACGGUGUCACGUGGCACAAGGGGAGAGGGGUGGAACUGUGGGAAACAAAGAAAGCAGUCGCUGCCCUAUGCUGCAUAUGGCCGCAAGGAAUCAUUCAGUAUUUUUUCCUUUCAAGCAUUUGAACAAUGGUACAAUUUUGUCAACGAAAAUGCUUUCAACAUAGCUUAUUCCAUUAUCAGUAGCUGUUUGUUUACAUUCUGUGUCUCACAGUUGACAGUGGCGCUUCAACCGGCCGUUACUUGAACUGCUUGGCUCCACCCCAUUUCAAGUGAUCCAUUGCCAAAGUCUCUGACCAUUCGAUUUGUCGUAAUGGUCGAGACUACAGAGCUAUUUUUCGCUGGCCUCCACGUUCACCUGACAUAACGCCAUGCGAAUAUUUUUUUCCCCUUUUAGGGCUAAUGAUUUGCCAGAGUUGAGACACAAUUGAAGAGGCCAUUGCUUCCAUUAUGUACUCCGUAAGUGUUAACCAAAGUGUAGGGAUAAUUGGACUUAAGGUUGGAUGUGAAGGUACACAUAUUGAAAAUUUGUAAUAAAAACUAGGUUAGUUUACCUUUAAUUUGUAAAUAGUCUAAAUUAAACUGUUAUAAUAUACCAUUGAAACUCCGUAUAUUCAUUGCUUGAUCAAAACGAUGGAGGUGAACAUUAUUUGUUUCCUGAAUUUGAAAUGUCAAAUACAAACUGCGUUGCAACUGGAGUUUAAAAGGCGACAAAUGAUUUAAUAACCUCAACAAUGUGUCAAUAACGCACGCUAUGACACAAGUUCUUGUCAUUUCUAAUGAUAAAGUAAAUUUUGAUCAUAGGAUUUCGCGGCCAUUGUCUGAAGUUGCUUGGCUUCUAGGUUGUAGUUUGACUACAACAUAGAAGCAAAGCAACUAAAAAAAAAAAAAAAUCAGUUUACAAAUUUGAUAAUUUCCAGGAGCCAACUUCAAAUGCAUAGUAGUAAAAUUUCAUUAGUACAUAGUUUUUCUAAAUUCCAACUAUGAUGUAAUGAUGUUACGCCUGAUAAUUUCAAGAGCCUACUAUUUGCAUGUGAACUGAAUUGUAAUUUAAUAUAGUUUAAAGACGGUGGUUGCGAUGGGGGGCAUAAUGCCGGAUUAUGAAAGAAUGGAGGAAAAGAGAAGCCAAGAUGAGAUGGGAUACAGCUGUUGCAACAUAUUUAAAAAAUAUAUAUGAGCAAGUCUUUCAGUACUCGCCAGUCAUGUUUAAUUUCUAACCUCGGUAACGAACAAAUUCAUGUGUUCUCAUGUUGCAAAUACACUCAUAAUUCGAAACUCGGAAACGAAAUAUAACGUAGAAUUUCGUUAAAAUAAUGGUGAGCGUGAUAAAUAUAUACGAAAAUUGUGUUUUCAACUACAUUUCUUGACGCGAAUUACACGUUUCCGCACCCUCCAUUAGCAAUCGCUACCGGAGCAUCUACGUCGACUAUCGAAUCAUUUGAUUAGCAAACUGAAAAUUUAAAUUGUGUAAUCAAACUGCUCCGAUAAAAGCGAAAAAGACUUGAAAAAAAAUACUAAAUCAAGGCUUUGAACUUGAUUUUCGACAAUGAAUUUUAUUAAAAUACUGCCCAACUUUGUUUUCAAGCUUUUUCGGCGUAGUUUUGCCUCGCGUGCGCGUAUAACUGCCGGCGGCACGUCACAGAUAACAACAGUUGCGUAAUGAGGAAGCUGUCAGUGCUGCCAACUGUUGCGCGGCGCGCGGCGGAGGAGCGCUGCCCGCGCGGUCACGUGACCGCAGCCGGGCCGUUGUUGACAAGAUGGCGGCCCGCGUGCAGCUGGCGGCGUGACGGAUGUUUUCUCGCGACCGGGCGCGCGCGCACGGGGGAAAAUGGCGCACGGCUGGGAGAACGUGUCGCUGCUGCAGGAGUUCGCGACGGCCGGCGAGGACGUGAAGGACCUGUUCCGCGACGAGUACGGCAUGGAGGACUGGGCGAACAAGGGCGCGUCGCCCGCGCGCCGCGGCACCAUCGUCAACAUGAGCUUCCGGUCGAGCUCCGACUCCGACAGUGACGCGGCAGGUUACGUCAAGGUGGCGCAGGAGGCGCCGGCGUCCCGGGCCGACGGCGGCGGCUCUGACGAAGAUGGCGGCGGGAGGUGGAGGCCGAAGAGACGGGCAGAGAAGUCGCGCUGCAGGCCCAAGCUGCAGAAGCGGCUGGUGCUGCUGAUCGGAGUGGUGCUGCUGGUGAGCGCGGCGGCGGGCGUGGUGCAGCUCAGCUACAGCCUGUCCUCGUCGUCGUCUUCGGGGGCGGGCAGCCGCUCCCUCGAGCCGCCCGACCCGGAGCUGCCGCAGCCGCCGUCGCCGUCCGUCGAGCACCGCUUCCGCACCGCCGCCGUCUGCUCCGACGGCGCGCCCUGCUCCGCCGUCGGCAAGGAGAUACUGGAGAAGAACGGCUCGGUGGUGGACGCGGCCAUCGCGACCAUGUUCUGCAACGGCAUCGUGACCAGCCAGAGUAUGGGGCUGGGCGGGGGCUUCCUCAUGACGCUGUACCUGCGGGGCAGCCAGACCGCGGAGACCCUGGACGCCCGGGAGUCCGCCCCCGCCGCCGCCACGGCUGACAUGUUCCGAGGCAGGCCAGAGUCGUCCCAGACGGGUCCGCUGGCCAUCGGGGUGCCCGGCGAGCUGAAGGGCUACUGGGAGGCCCACAAGAGACACGGCCGGCUGGAGUGGGCGGCGCUGGUCGAGCCGACCAUCAGGAUCUGCGAGCAGGGCUACAACAUGACCAAGCACGUGCAGGACACCUUGGAAAUCCGGGCCGAGAGCAUAUUCAACUCUUCCACCCUCAGGGCCAUGUUCGUGGACCCGGCGACGGGAAAGUUGAAGCGGCAGGGGUCGCUGAUCCGGCCGGGGAAGAUCUGCUCCACCCUGCGGGCCGUCGCGGAGCGCGGGGGAGACGACCUGUACACCGGCGCCCUGGCCAAGACGCUCGCCGAGGACAUAGCAAGCAUGGGGGGCAUCAUCACGGAGGACGACCUGCGCGACUACACGGUGCAGUGGCAGGAGCCGGUGAAGGUGACCUUGAGGGACGGGGAGCGGCUGUUCAGCGUGCCGCCCCCGGGCAGCGGCGUGCUGCUGGCCUUCAUCCUGAACAUUCUGGACGGCUACAACUUCACGCGGGAUGACCUUGGCUCGGUGGCCGCCACCACCACCACCUACCAGCGCGUGAUCGAGGCCUUCAAGUACGCGUACGCCCGCAGGACUGAGCUGGGGGACCCGCGAUACGUCAACGUCGACGACUUGAUCCGUAACUUGACAUCGCAGGAGUACGCUGCUUUAAUACGGAAGAAAAUCCAGGACAAUGCCACGAUGGAUGAUGCAUCCAAGUAUGGAGCUGUGUACUACAAUCAAGAUGACCAUGGCACUUCGCACAUUUCUAUAAUUGCUCCCAACGGUGAUGCAGUGUCUGUUACAAGUACAGUAAACAUUUAUUUUGGUGCCGGGGUGGCCUCUGACCGGACGGGCAUCAUCCUGAACAGCGGCAUGGAUGACUUCUCAGUGCCCGAGUUCAACAACUACUUCGGGCUGCCGUACUCGCCGGCAAACGCCGUCCAGCCGGGCAAGCGCGCCAUGUCGUCCAUGUCGCCCUCCGUGCUGGUCGACCGGAACGGAGACGUCCGGCUGGUGAUCGGGGCCUCUGGCGGAACCAAGAUCACUACAGCCACUGCUUUGGUGAUAAUGAGGUACAUCUGGUUUGGAAACACCAUAAAGGAGGCUGUUGAUGCCAGCCGGAUACACCACCAGUUGUUCCCAAUGGAAGUCCAGUACGAGUAUGGUGUUUUGGAUGGAGUUGUCAAAAGCUUAGCGAAGAUCGGCCACAACAUGACUCGGUACAGGAAUCGAGGGUCGAUCAUCUGUGCUAUUGCUAAGCAAGGGGAUGCGAUAAUAGCCAACGCUGACUACAGGAAAGGAGGGGAUGUGUUCGGCAUGUAACGGCAGUGUACUUGGAUCUGCACGGAACUUCGACAGUAUUAAGAAUUUUGUGUUGCAUUGUUUCCUUCUGAAAGGAACGACAUCCUAUUACUACAGACAUGUUUUUUUUUCCUGUUGUAUUUUGUGUGUGUGUUUUAACAUUGUUAGCUUGUUGAAACCUGUAUUUAUUGAUAUGUAAGACAUAGUUUUUAUUCUUAUAAAUAUGUUAUUUUUGAAA